CCACAUUCCACCUUCUUAACAUACCUACGUAUAAACUAUACCUAGGAACCAAUAGUCCCAACCCAACAGAACUACACAGAAGAAAGGGUGAAUGCGCAGAAACAGAUUUGAAUGGACAAGGAGCUUGUGACAAUGAGGAAUCAAAUUAUGCUUUUUGUGCUGUUUUUGUUGAUGACGAGUAAGGUGACCACUGCUGAUUUUGUGAACACUUCAACAACUGAUGGCCCUUCAACAACCCCUGUGAACACUUCAACAACUGAUGGCCCUUCAACAACCCCUGUGAACACUUCAACAACUGAUGGCCCUUCAACAACCCCUGGCCCACUCUAUCCAUUUGGGGCUGGAGACACAGUGAGCUCCCGAUCCGAUGAUGGAAGUUCCCCUCCUAUAACCCUGGAGCAGCCAUUUGUUUAUUUUGGAAAACCGUAUCAACAGAUACACGUGAACCACAAUGGACAUCUGACCUUCAAUGCAGCAUUUGCCAGUUACACACCAUACCGAUUCCCUGCAUUUUCCUCAAGAGAUCUGAUUGCUCCAUUUUGGACCGAUUUGGACAACAGGCGGAAUGGUACCAUCUCUUACCGGCAGUACAACAGUGGCAGUGUUCUUCAACAGGCCACACAAGAUAUUAAUCAGUACUUCCCAAAUCUGGGCUUCUCUGUUAAUUGGGUCUUCGUUGCUACCUGGGAUAAGGUUCCCUACUACAACACUUUUGGAACAGAAAUCACCUUCCAAGUGGUUCUGAUUGCUGGUGGCCAAUCCUCCUUCAUCCUGAUGAACUAUGGGGAGAUUGCACCAACAACUCAAAAUAUUCAGGCUGGCUAUGACACAGUCAACUCCAUCCACUACUUCUCGAUCCCGGGGUCAUUUCAAAGCAACGACACAACUUUCAGUUACACCAGCAAUGUCAACGUCACUGGUCGCUGGGCCUUCCAGACAAAUGCGACCACUUCAACAACUGAUGGCCCUUCAACAACCCCUGCUUCUACAUCUGAUGAGCCUUUCGCAGUUGAUGACUUCUGCAUAGAUUCCAUUUUUUGUAAAGGACAGGGUUUGACUGGUUCCGUUUAUAUGCUGAGCACUUUGUUAAUUCUGGUGUUUCUUACCAUUUUAAAUAAUUGAUUCUUACUUUGUUGCAAUCAAGGGAGUGGUUUUAUUGGCAGCCAUAGUGCAUGUGCUAUUCGUUCGAGGGAUUUCUCUUUCAAAGUGAAGGCUGGAGUGCACUGGAAGAAUGAGAGUGGAGAAGGAGGGAGCCUAUUGUCUAAAUAUUCUUAAACAGUAUUGUAUGUGCAGUUGCGCCUUUGAGUUACUCCAGAUCCACUCCCAUUUUCCUUGGGCCCUUCUUUCUGGGUGUUUUAAUGGGCUUAGCUAUUGUAUUGAUUUAUUUGUGUAGAUGGAUAACUUGAAAUAUAUUUACCUAUUCAUUAAAGUGGCAAAUUCCAAAAGCAACAAA